AUGGCUAUGCAUGUUCCCAAAGCGCCAGGCUUUGCCUCGAUGAUGAAAGAAGGAGCAAGAUAUUCGCAAGGUCUCGAUGGAGCCGUUUAUCGUAAUAUAAAUGCUUGUAAAGAAUUAUGUGAAACAACGUCGAGUAGUUUUGGUCCCAAUGGUUUAAAUAAAAUGGUUAUUAAUCACAUUGAAAAAUUAUUUGUUACAAACGAUGCUGCAUCUAUUUUGCGUGAAAUUGAUGUUGUUCAUCCGGCCGCUAAAAUUCUCACGUUAGCGAGUGAAAUGCAAGAAAAAGAAGUGGGUGAUGGUACAAAUUAUGUCAUUUUGUUCGGUAGUAAAUUGCUAGAAAACGCUGAAAAUUUAUUACGUAUGGGUUUAUCACAAAGUGAAAUUAUUGAUGGUUAUUUGUUAGCACUGGAAAAAACAUUAGAAAUAUUACCAAAAUUAGAAUUAGAUGUCGGUGUUAAAUUAACAAAAGAUAAUCUGAAUGAACAUUCUCAAUUAAUAACAAAAGUCUUACAAACCUCGAUUGGUAGUAAAUUAUUUGGCUAUCAUGAAUUUUUAGGUGAUUUAGUAGCACAGGCUUGUUUAACUGUAUCCAGAGCAUUCGAUGACGGUGUGCAUAGUUUUAACGUUGAUAAUGUGCGCAUAUGUAAAAUAUUGGGUGGUGGUUUGUUACAAUCAACAAUGGUAUCCGGUAUGGUUCUCAAACGUGAAGUCGAUAGUGAAAUAACAAAAGUACAACAGGCGAAAAUAGCUGUUUUUAGUUGUCCGAUUGAUAUACAAGUAACAGAAACAAAAGGUACCGUGUUACUGAAAUCAGCUGAUGAAUUAUUGUCAUUUUCAAAAGACGAAGAAACCGGAAUUGAAUCAACAAUAAAGGCGAUACAUGACUGCGGUAUUAAUGUUAUUGUUAGUAGUGGUAAAAUAGGUGAAAUGGCGCUACAUUUCUUAAAUAAAUAUGAAAUAAUGGCCGUCCGUUUAAUGUCAAAAUUUGAUUUACGUCGUGUCGCUAAAACAAUUGGUGCUGUAGUUUUACCUAAAUUACGUCCUGCAACUCACGAAGAAAUGGGCUAUUGUGAUAGUAUCUACCUAGAUGAAAUCGGUGAUACAUCAGUAAUUGUAUUCAAACAUAAAAAGUCAUCGAUAUCAACAAUUAUACUUCGUGGUUCAACCGAACAAGUUCUUGAUGACUGUGAACGUGCUUUAGAUGAUGCCAUCAAUAAUUUCAAAGCAUUAACAAAAGAACAAAUAUUGUUACCGGGUGGUGGUGCAACAGAAAUUGAAUUAGCACAACAAUUGACAGCAUAUGCACAAAAAUGUCCAGGUAUUGAACAGUAUGCUAUUAAACGUUUUGCUGAAACAUUCGAAUGUAUACCAAAAAUAUUAGCAGAAAAUUCUGGAUGUAAAAGUACUGAAAUAUUAGCGAAAUUAUAUGUUGGACAUCAAGAUAAUCAUAAUCUUGGAUUUUUAAUCGCACGUAAUCAAUCAACGAAAAGAGAAGAACAAACAACAGACAUCAUCUGUGAUGCAUCUGAUAUGAAAUUGAAUGAAUUAUAUGAUUUGUAUAUUACAAAAAAAUGGGCAGUAAUGUAUGGGACAAAAGCAGCAUGUACCGUUUUAAGCGUCGAUGAAAUUAUUUGUGCUAAACCAGCAGGUGGUCCGAAGCCAAAAGAGAAUAAAGGAUGGGAUAAUGAUGAUUAA